CUGAGCAACAAAGGAUGUGGUGAUUGGCUAGAUGGUUGCUUACGGGCUCCUGGCAAAUCUGGAAAAUCCUAUUGCAUUUAUUCUGAACUCUGUCUGGACACCUUUAGGAAAAGAAUCUCAUCAUUAUGUACCAAAGUGAAUAAUUUGUAUUUUUAGAGUCAGAGUUGAAACUGUAGGAUUUGAAGGCAAAGAGAGGAUUUUCUCAGUUUCUCCAAAGCUCUUUCCAAAUUGGAUUCCAGGAUACAUCAUGACAGAUGUUCCUGGGACGUUCAGUGGGGCUGAGUGUAAUGGGGAUAGUCUUCCCGAAACUGUUCAGCAACCUACCACUAAAAUCAAUGAGGAUGCGACUGAUAUGGACCGGACCCCACCAGACUACAGGGUUGAACCAGGUCCUGAAGAUGUGCCCACAAAAGGAAAUCAGGAAGAAAGAGGAAAAUCACAAGGGAACAUUCUACUCAACUGUUCUAUGGAUGAGAAGAUUCUAAAAGAAAACCCAGAAGAUCACCUCUUUAUUGUUCAUAAGGCUAUCACAGAUCUGUCUCUCCAAGAAACAAGUGCUAAGGAAAUGACAUUCGGAGAAGGGCAUCAGUGGGAGAAGAUUCCUCUGAGCAGCAGUAACCAAGAAAUAAAUAGUCCAAAAGAAAGAAUUGCCAAACAACCUCUAGAAGAGAGAGAAAACGAGGAUAGGAAGAACAAAGCUCACCAGGCAGCAGAAAUUGAAUGGUUGGGAUUUCGCAAACCUAGCGAAGUUGACAUGCUGCAUUCUCAACAUGGUGAGCAGGAAGAGGUUUGGAAUGAAGAAGCUCCUGAGGAUAAUGAUGAUGAUUACAAUGAUGAUGAAGAUGAAGUUCGAGUGAUAGAAUUCAAGAAAAAAUAUGAAGAAGGUUCUCAAUUUAAAGAAGAAAUGGAGGCAAGUGAGGACUCCCCACUGAGCAGCCCCGGCUCCCAACCUGUGACACCCGAUGAGCAGCCAACGUUAGGAAAGAAGGGAGAUAUCUCCAGAAAUGCUUAUUCAAGAUACAAUACAAUAUCCUAUCGGAAAAUAAGGAAGGGGAACACCAAGCAAAGAAUUGAUGAAUUCGAGUCUAUGAUGCAUUUAUGAACUAACUGGAACUGAGAAUUUCUCACACUCACUAAAGAAAAAGCUAAUUUCAUUUGUCCUGAGUGGAAUGUUUCUAUGCCUUGAGUUAUCCCCUGCCCCCCUUGAAACACAGGCAAGCUUAUUGUCUUUUUUGCUGUAGAAUGAUAUGGAAAUAACCUUAGACAAAACUCAGUCUGGUAAUCUCAAAUCAAAAAGGUUUAGAUUCAUUCUUGAGCACUUGCUAUUUAAAACUUUACUAAUAUAGCAUUAUGUGACCAGCAUUAAAGAGCCAGACCCACUGGGGACUCUAGCGUGAUUUGGCUUUAAAAGUGGCAAAGCUGGAAAAGGUAGCCAUCAAAUCAAAGAGAUAACUAUUUGAAAUGACUCCUGUAUUUCUUCUGGUGUCUUUCUUUCUCUAAGUCCUCUUCCUUUUAAGCAUGGUUUUUAUAGACUCUGGUAAUAAACUUUCAAAAAUUCUUUGCCUUAUUACCCUAAAAGAAAACAUUUUGAGUGGUUUUCCUUGGCAUCUAGUGAGUGAUAAUUCUAUGGGCCACCUUCCUAGUGUCACCAUUCACUGAAUUUUCUCACUAAGAGGCAGAGCAAUUUCAGGAGAAUUCUGUUUGUUAAAUGUUAGCUUUAUGCUUUCAAACUGAAUUAAACCCAUUGUGAGGGUUGAUACAGGGAGGGGCUAGAAGAUUGUGGGCAAUAGACUAAGGAGUUAUAUUGGAUAGUUGUAUUUUUGUGACUGAAAACAAAAUCUUGUCUAGCACAAUUAAAGUCAUAAAAAAGAAAAAUGAUGAUUUUAGCACAGUUUUCGGAGAAUGUCCCUCUCUAUUAUCAUGCUUUCUCUUAUUAAGAGUAUCUCAGAAUAAUUUUAUUUUCCUUAGAAACUUGAGACAAUGCUAGUCACAACUGUACUAGUUACUAUGAAAAUGGAAAUAAUUAUCUUAGAAUAUUUUUAAAGUAGGGUGUGAGCAUAUAUUUUUAGUGAGAAAGUUCUGAUAGUUGUUGGGAAUAUGUAAUUCACUGAACCUUAGCCCAAAUCAAAAAAACUUAAAAUUAUACUUGUGGAGCUUCACUCAAAUCAAUGCAUCAAAUAAUGUAUUGAAUAUUUAUGAAAAGAGAGUCUAUAUUUAUAUUCUUACUUAAGUUUGUUCCACAAUGUUUCAUUUCAUGUUUCCAUAUAUAUUACCCUGAACUUUCUGUUGCCACAGUUAAAAAUAUCUUUUGGCUCCACAAAUAAAAAGACAAUUACUUAUUGUCUGAGUGUAAUACAGUUUUCAUUGUACUAUUCAGCCCUUUGUUUAUUUCUUUUUCACUUUGUGAAAAAGCCUGAGUUAUUCCUUCUAGAUUAUUGCUUAUUUAUGUGUAACAAAUCCCACAUGUCUCAACGGCAGCUUCUUUAAUUCUUCCUGGUUAUAUAAUAUUUUUUUCCACUAAAUACUUCCAUUUAGUGUUUGCAAGACUCAAUGUUAUUCAGGAUUAAGGUGCUCCUUUUAUUCUAUUUCACAGUUACUACAGAACCUGCAGAUUUCAUCUGAGACAACAUGAGGGAAGUCAGAUCUUUAUUGAUAAUGUUAGGUAGGAGAUGGGUGCACUAGGACAAUUUUCUAUUUAAUUUAGAUCCUUUAAAUUAUUUCACCUAGAAACUAUUUUCUUUCCCCUAUGAUUUUCUACUUUACUUCAAAGUACAGUAUUGUGUUUUCCAUCAUGGAACAGGACCGUAUUGUUAGUCCACCUUAGCCUGCAUUUUGAGUUAUUCUAAAUGAGGUGAUGAAUUCCUGUGAAACUUGAAGGAGAUGGGUGGUCUAUGGGUAGGUGACAUGGCAAAGCAACUGGCUCUUAGGUGGCUGCAGUAUAUAGAGUUUUGGUCUUUUUAGCUGUGUAUUCUUACCAGACAAUUAACCAAUUGUGAAAUAUUUUGUCAACAAAGACUAUGUUAGGGCAUGUUCAAUUGGUAAAUGCUUCAAGUUCAUGGAUGGGGCAAAGUGGUUACAAGAGAGCACUGACACUCGUCUUCAGCAUUGGCACGUGUUGCCUUAAUGCCGUCACAGAGUUAAGCUACCUGGAGAAAUUUGACAGGAAUUUAAGUCUUCGUAGCUUAGCAAAGACAAGGUCCUGUUUCAGAUUAUGUGAGGGAUACUCAACAUAUUUGAAAGGCACAUGGGACAUGAUUAAGGACACACUUUGGUAACUACACAUGAGGUUUACCUGAGUCAUUGUGAUUCCAGGUUCAGUUGGAACUCUGGUAUCUGAUAGAAAAGAAAAUUGGUUUAUUGUGCAAAUGCUGAUAUUUCUUGCAUGACCUUUUGUUGUCAUCUGAUUAGAAAUUAAUAAUAGCUUUAUUUGUCUAUAAAUAUAUUGUUAUGGUGAAGACACAGAAUUUGUAGAACCUAUCUCUCUAUAUUAACAUUUAAAUAAAGAACUGCUGUGUCUGGCUUGCUGUGAAUAAAAGUUUGUGUCUUUGCUUCUG